UAGAAAGAGGCCAGCUGAGGGGGCGUGUAGCGCAAGUUCAUGCAGAAUUUGGACACUUGGAGAGCUUUGCGCACUGCGGAGGGAUACGGAGGAGUCUCCAGUCUUCCUUCAGGUCUUGAUCGUCCUUAAAGGAGCUGGCAGCGGACAUGCCCAGACCAGUACACCGUCACUGAGACCGGGAUUCAGCUCUUCGCCUGGUUUAAGCUUGCCAGAAUGAACGGAACCGCAGACAUCGGCAACCACUGCCGGAACAUGAUCAGAGAAAAGGAAAAAGGAAUGAAGAUGUCAAGACGCAUAUCAACAGGACCAAGCUCAUUUAUUCCAGAAAAUGAGAUCAUAGAAGCCAUGCCUCUGAAUGACUCCACAGUGAUGUUCUUAGACGAAGAGUUCAGCGGUCGUAUGGACAACCUGACGCAGGUGAUGGGGCUCCACCCGCAUUAUCUUCAAGCCUUCCUGCGCUGUCACUAUUAUCUCUUGAGGAUGGACGGACCCCUACCACUCCACUACAGGCAUUAUAUCGCUAUAAUGGCUGCAGCACGGCAUCAGUGUUCCACGCUGGUCUGUCAGCAUGUGCAAGAGUUCGAGCAGAUUGGCGUGUGUUCCGAUUGGUUGAGAGGUCUGGAGUUCUGCCCACAACGACUUCGCAACCUCAAUGAGAUUAACAAGAUCCUCGCGCAUAGACCUUGGCUUAUUACCAAGCAACACAUACAGGCUCUGGUGAAGACAGGAGAACACAGCUGGUCUCUGGCAGAGCUGGUUCAUGCUGUCGUACUGUUGGCACAUUUCCAUGCCUUGGCUAGUUUUGUGUUUGGUAGCGGUGUCAACCCUGACCCUGAGGUCACAGAGGUCAACGGGGUCACGGAUGACCUUUGCCCUCCAGCCAUGGCAGGUUUAUGCACCUGCCACCUAACAAACAGCAACCAAGCCAACGGGAACCCCCUGCGUAACCCUGACACUGGGAGUGAGCUGGAAGCUCUGAUGGAGAGAAUGAAGCGAUUGUUGGAGGAGAGAGAAGAUGACGAUGCGUCAGAGGAGGAGAUGUUCACUCGCUUUGAAAAAGAAAAGAAAGAGAGUCUUCUAGUGGUGUCUGCAGGGUUUGAUGAGGAAGUGGUGCCUCCUUCUCCCGUGGCUCGGUUUGUAGACGACCCGUCAUUUGGAUACCAAGACUUUGCACGACACGGAGAAGACAACCCACCCACUUUUAAAGCACAAGACUACACAUGGGAGGAUCAUGGUUUCUCUCUGGUGAACAGGUUGUACUCUGACAUCGGUCACCUGUUGGAUGAUAAGUUCAGAACGGCAUGUGAUCUUACCUAUUACAACAUGGCCAGUCACGAGGGGGUGGACACCAGCAUGCUGCGCAGGGCUCUCUUCAACUACGUCCACUGUAUGUAUGGAAUAAGAUAUGACGAUUAUGACUACGGUGAGGUGAAUCAGUUGUUGGAGUGCAGUCUGAAGGUUUACAUCAAAACAGUGACGUGUUAUCCAGAGAGAACCACGCGCCGCAUGUACGAGAACUACUGGCACCAGUUCAGACACUCCGAGAAGGUUCAUGUGAAUUUGCUUCUAAUGGAGGCUCGGAUGCAGGCAGAGCUGCUCUAUGCUUUGAGAGCCAUCACUCAUUAUAUGACCUGACCAAUCAGACUUCGCCAUUUAUAUGACCCGACCAAUCAAACCUCACCCACAAUCAUUAUUAUACCUAAAUUCAACUAAAAAAUGUUAUUAGCAAUUACUUUUGCGUAUUGAAUUCUUAUAUUUGUGUCCAAAAUUGUGUGUACUUCUUCUUAGACUGUUCUGAGUGAUAACUAAAUGAAGAACACUGAAUACAGAGUAUAAUCCCUAAUAUCAAAAUGGGAUCUAAUGGCAUGUUCAAAUAAAUAGUCAUAAAGAAUUGUGGGUGGGCAGUCAUGACUUUAUCUUUCAUGGUCAGACAAACCCCAACAUUAAAACAGACUCAAAUCCUUGGACUUGACCUGAUCAAUCAGACGACAUCAUGACUUGACAAAUCACGUUAACGUGCAAUAUAUUUUCUCGCUGAAAUCUCACUUAUACUGUAAGCUGAAAUACUGGAGGACUGAGUUCACAUUUUGAAACAGUUAGUUGUCUUUUUUGCACAGCUGUAUUUUGGAACAGAAUACCGUUUUCCUUUUGUAAUAUCAAUAACAGAAUGUGAGACUCCUGUAUGGAGAGACAGGAUUUUUUUUUUUUGUUAAAUCCCUGUGCCUUUUUUCUUUCACGUACCUUGUUUAUUUCAUAUUGAAUGUAUUGUUUAGAUUUUUUGCAGUUUGUUUCUAGGCUUUUUCAGAUCAAUUUGGUUUGGUUUAGUUGUUUACCUGGAAGCUUUUGUAGCAUUAUUACUGUACUAUCAGUCCUUUACUAUUUCCUUUCAGCCUCAGUGUUAUACUUUAGAUAGCAACAUACAUUUUUAACAUAUGUUGCUGCAAUAGCUCUACUAAUCAUAUCUCAUGACUUUAUUUCCGUGUGAGAGCUUUAACGUGAAGCUGAAUAUUUGCACAUCUGUUGCACAUCUUUUUCAUUGAUGUGCCUCUGUGAAAGAAACCCAUGCACAGGAGCAUGAGAGAGUUUAUGUGUGUGAGUGAUUGCCUGUAGGGAGCGUCUGGAAACGUAACUACUUUUGAUACUAUUGAUGUGAUCAUUAACUGUCCAUCAAACCAUUUCUCAAAGGUUUAUUUAUAUCGCUCUAAGAAUCAUUGCUUCAUAUUUGCACAACUCUAAUCAAGGUGCAGCAUCAGUGUCCUUUAAAAAUAGAUUAAGAUUGUGUCCGAAAUGAAAGGUAUAGUGAAAAGAUAAGCUUUAUAGAACGAGACAAAGUGUUGCCCGGUCCAGUCUCACGGACAGUGCCUUAUUCAUGUUUAGAAAUGCAGGUUAGAUUUCAUUUAGUCGUAUGUAUACCAUAGGAGAUUGUUUCGUAUGUAUCAAUGGAGAAAGUAAAUCGGUCUUCAAAGUGCCUUUUAAACUUAGUUGCAAGUGUUUCAAAGUGUAUGCAGCAGAUUCAAUGGCAAACGUUUUUUGAAUACUAGGCAUAUGUGUCUGUUGCAUUUCCUACUUGUGUUUAUUCCGAUCAAGGUGUUGCUAUGAAGCUUUCAUGUUCUCCACUCGUUAUAAAUUUAUACAUUUCCAAAAUGCCCAUCACAGACCUGUAUGUUUCAAUAAAGUUUCUAAACAAACUCAGUUUAUGAGUGAUGCUUUUUGUGCAGA